UAAAUUAAAAUCAGGGAGAGAUAGAAGAAAGCACUUGCAGCAUCCACAUCCAUACUCACUCAACAACAGCCGCUCUAUCCUCUGUAUUGUGCAUCAAAUUAAAACCAGAGACUCUCAAAAUCGCAAAAUGGCGGGGCGCAAACACGCGCCCUCCUCCUUCACGCGCCUCGACGAAGCGCGCCUCGCACAUUCCUCAUCCGUCGCGGCGGUCCGCGCCCUCGAGGACCGCGUCGACAAGCGCCAUCGCGAGAUCCAGAACCUCAUCGCCGACAACCAGCGCCUCGCUGGCAUCCACGUGGCCCUAAAGCAGGACCUCGCCGCCACUCAGGAGGAUCUCCGUCGCCUCUCCGCAACGGCUGCCGAGGUCAAGGCCGAGCGCGACGAGGAAGUGCGCGAGAUCUACGAGAAGUCGCUGAAGGUGGACGCGGAGGUGCGCGCCGUUGCCGCAAUGAGCGCCGAGCUGGAUCGGGUGCGGGCGGACGUACAAGAGCUCGCGGCGGCGAAGAAGGGGCUUGCGGCGCAGCUGCAGACAGUGGAUAGUGACCUCGAGAGGGCGCGCGCCGAGGCGCAGUUUUUGCCGGAGAUCAAAGCCGAUAUAGAGGCCAUGCUCCAUGAGAUUCAACGAGGAAGGAAUGCUAUUGAAUUUGAGAAGAAGACACAUGCUAGUAACCUUGAACACAAACGGGUAAUGGACAACAAUAUGAUUAUAAUGUCCAGUGAGGUUGAAAAGUUACGUGCUGAGUUGGCUAAUGCAGAGAAGAGGGCAAGGGCUGCAAUUGCUGCAGAUGCAAAACCAAGUCCUGGAUAUCCUCCUGAUAACUAUGACAAUCGUGAGAUGGGGUAUGGAGGAGUCAGAUACCCUCCUUGUUCUUAUGGCAUGCAUCAGAUGCAAGCUGGGGUUGACUCACAUUCUCAAAACGCAGCCGGAGCACCCUUACAUCAUUCUUAUGAUCACCAACGUUCUCAAGUACCUAGGUAGGCUUCUGGGGAUGCUUUAAAUUUUUAAGAAGAGUUGAAAAAUGUAACGUAGCAAUGCAAUAUGUCUCCAUUCCCCCAAAUGAAACUUAUUCAACAGUAGCGCAUAUAGUUUUACUUUAUUGAUAUCUGAAAAUGUUCAUAAAUUUAAAGUUUGUAUAUAUAAUCACCGUGCUUAUUUUCAGUGUAA